CAAUCCCUUUCUUUAUUUUCAACAGUAUAAAGCGAUCUCUUGAACUUAAUUUGCAGUUGAGAUCCCGAAAAUUCCAAUCAUUCUGCGCUACUGAUUAGCUAGGCGUUCGGAAGGCGGGAGUGUGUUUGGUUGUAUUUACGUGCGUCCGGUGCUGGUGAAGGCGUUUUCAUUUCUCUUUGUUGGGUAAGUGCUUAUUUUUUCUUCUUAAAUCAUGUAUGAAUAUGGCAUUGACGAUAUCGGAAGUCGAUAUUCCAACUGAGAGCGCUUCGUUUUUAAGUGAAAGGGAAAAGAUCCUUUGAGUUGGCUGUGUGCGGAGGGAUUGAUUUCAAUCCCGAAAUAAUGUGCAAACAAAUUUGCGGUAAACCUGAGUAAGUAGAUGAUAUGUCUACCUUUGAAUUCCUCAGUAAUAUUUUAUCUUCUUUGAGUUUUUUUUUAUGUUAAAUACUAGCCCUUUGGCUAAAGGGUUUUUCAGUUUUACCACCAAACAAUUUUUGGUUGAGCGAGCGCUUCGUUAUUUCGCUUCAACUCAAAACUUAAGCUUAUGUAUUCUCCUCGCCUAUCAUUAAAUGAUUAUUAAAAUAACGAAAGAGUAUCGUCAGUUCUUUCAGAAUACUUUUGAAAGGUUUUAUUACAGAGCGAUUAUUGUAAAACAGUGUGUGUGUUUUAUCACCUGAUUUUUCAGUCUUUUACAAUGGUUAACAAGGUGCAACAAUUAUUUUUAUUCUUAGUGUCUUACACAAUUGAAUCAUUAAAAUGAUUAUUCUAUGCAAGGUUUUUUAUGAGCCAUAAAUAAUCACAUGUAAGACAGCUGGCAUGUGUUUCACUUUUUAAAAAUGGGGAUGAUAUCUUCAACUAAAAAUAAGAUAAAUUGAACUUGCCCAAAUUAACUUCUGAUAGAAAGCCCUCUUUGUUUUUGUUUUUGUUUUUGUUUUGUGGAAGAAAAACGCAUUUACUUUUCUUAAUUUCCUUCUUAUUUUAAUUUGUUAUGUAAUUUGUAUACUUACUGUAUGUAAAUUACACUUUAGACUUACCGCCUUUACAUUAAUUUUUUUGUGACAUAUGAAAGGCUACAGAAAUUGUGUGCACUUUAGCAUCAUAUAAAAUUAAUGCUUAUCAAUUAAAGGGACAGGUUCACGAUACUGCACAUGUGUGAGUUCUGACAGUAGCUGACUGUUUUUAAACCAAUCGGAAGCGAUUUAAAUGCGCACAAGGAAAUUUACGUAAUUUAAAUUCAUUGUUCACUACACAGGAGUAUUUCUGGACAUUCAGGUUGAUUUUAUAUACCCUAGCGGAUACGAAUAAGAUUUACAGCCCUGUCCUGCUUUGAAACAAACAUUUACCUAUGUGUAUCUUUAAAAGGUCUUUUGUGUACCCAUACUAACAAAGCAGUCACCGCAAUCAGCAAACAAAAUUUGUAAAGAAACCUUUUACUAGUGAUCUCUCUGUUCACCCUAUAUAGACCUAGAAAUACUUGCGAAUAGCUCCUGAUCCGUGACAAAAACACACAGCGUAUGAGUAUAAAGAUAAUCCUAAAUUGAGCAUAAAUUUCAAUUACUUAUUAGCAGAUGAACAAAUUCAUUCGCGUUGCGUCUGGUCAGUUUUCCGCAAAACAAAUGUCAUCGAGUAGAACACCUAAAGAAACCAGAUUAUAAACAGAAUAUUCAGGCAAUAAUUUUUUUCCAAACGUCAAUUCUUAAACAUAUAAUUAUGAUCAUACACCAAAGAUACAAGGAGCAUUUCAAGUGUGUCAGGUCUCCAAAGACUCUUGAGAACGUCCUGUUUCCGGUCGCCUGUAAUGUCGCUUCCGAGACUCCAUUCACAAAAUAGAUUUUUCGUUUCCUAAACGCCUUUCUCCGAAAACAACUUAAACAACAUUUACGAGUACUUUAGAAAUAGCAGACUUCACUUUGCUUACGUAGAGCAACGGAUAAGCCAAAUUUUUUUUUAAUUCACAGUUGAUGUCUUCUUCGAAUUUAGUGUUGCCUUGCAUAAUAUUAUUUAUUCUGGAUUAGUUGUCAUGACAUGCAUGCGCAUGACCAUGAGCCCCCUGCUUUAAAGCUUCAUUCGAAUCAAGUUCAACCAUAUGCAUUGCACUAUUUUGCUUGGAUUUAUCAUGUCAAAGCAGAAAUUUAAUAAUUCAAGUGGAAAAUAAGAACUCUAAACGGGGUGCAAAGAACUUUAGUCAGUUUUACAGCUUGUCAUCUGGACAAGCUGUUGCUAGCAUGUACUAGCCCAAAAGUCAUGUCAACUAGCCCAAAAACAUUUUUUCAUUGAAUCCAAACACGUAUUAUUGAUUCAAGUGAUCCACAGUGGAGGUAGAUUCUUUUCAUCAUAUCCAAAACCAGAUACUUUGGAUACAUUAUCAGAAGCACCUCUUUACUAUGGAUCUGAAAAGAGUGAACAUUGCCAACGGUAACUCGAAACAAUUUUAAUACGUGUACACAUCAGCUAUUUGACAACACUGCUCAUCUUCAAGGCCAUUUUUGAGCCUGAGGCAUGGACUAAUUGAUUUUGUACAUUAUAUCGACAAAAUAAUAGGUAACCUCUAUUUUUUCAGCCUUAUAUCUCAAAAGUAGGGAUUGCAAUGGCCGCUGAAAUUCAGAAGGAUUUGUGUUUGAAAAGUAACUCUUGCCAUCGAGAACACUUGAAUGAUUUUCCAUACAAAUCCUUGCAAAUUUCAAAAUUUUCAAACUGUCGUGAAAUAUUUCGGUAAGCAUUACUUGGCUCAAAUCUCUUUUUUAUUUGUGACAGGUAAUUGAGCCCUUAAAUGCGUAUGGGAAAGAUUUAACGAGAGUUUAAAAAUUUCAAAAUUUACAAGGAUUUGUAUGGAAAACCACUCAAGCGUGACUAGGUGGCAAGAGUUGUUUUUCUCAUACAAAUCCUGCUAAUUUUCGGCAGCCCUUGCAAUGGCUUCUUUUGAGAUACACAGCUGAAUAUUUACUGGUUACCUAAUUAUUUUAAUAUGCUCUUUCAGUUCCUGCUAACAAAAUUUUCCUAGAACAAACUGUUUUCGUGUUUACAGAAAGUUGAUCACGUAACCAACUAUUGCAAAAGACCUAUUAAUCUCUUGAGGAAUUUGAAGUGAUACUUUUCCUAAUGCAAGGACUGCUCAGAUAGCAAAAUACCUCCGUUCGAAAAAAUUUAAAUUUUGAACCUACAUGCAGGCCUUCUGAUAGGGUAUGAUAAAAAAUCUGAAAUUACAUGUUUUGUAGCAUUUUCAGGGCAGUUUGUGCAAUAAGAAAGGUCUAUUGUUAUUGCACAAUAAAUAAUGCCACUGAAAUUGAAUAUCAAUAUUUUUUAAUAUCAAAUUUUCGUAAAAUCGCAAAAUUUAAGUGUUGUGAAAUAUGCGCACAUCAAAAUCGCAUUUAAACAUGUCACGAGAACUUCGUGUAAUAAGGUGGUAGCUGGGGGAAUCUCUGUCCCUCGGCCCUUAGUGACAACCUUGCUAAAGGACUGCCCGGGAUAAAUGUGUAAGGUAAUGCACUGAUAAAUUCUCUUAUCCAUUUACCUUCUGUAUGCUUGUGAUCAUAGGGAGAAUUUGUCAUUAAAAGUCAAGUCGGUGAGGGCCUUAAACAGUGCACCCUUUCUUUUAUUACAUUUUAUAUUUCUUUUAGAAUAUUUGGCAAAAUCACUUGUGUUACUUCUGUACUAGGUCAAAUAAUAGGUUUUUUAGUAGGAAAUGCACUUACAUGUAGCUUAUAUAUCCAGCUAGUUUACAGGCACCCCACUCAAAUAAUAAGGAACAAAUAAUUCAAAUAUAGCAUAACAGAAUUAAAAACCACAACUGGCAGGAGGCAACCAGUUGGCUAUUUUACAAACGUGGCUGAGGAUUUGAACUCAGUACAACCGAGAACAAAUCCAGCAAGUGGCCAGAGGGAGUCAAACUUGAGACCAUUGGAUUGUGAUUCUGGGCGCUUUCCAUUUAGUCAAAAUUUCCGGAAUUUCCGGCUCGGCGGUAAAUGGAACACGUUUUGUCGGUUCGUCCCACCGGAAAAUUCCCAGAAAAAGUGGAAAAUCUAAAAAGGUGGGCCCGUUUUCCCAGUUGGAAUUUCCGAAUGGAAUUUUGUGUUCUAUUUACACGUUCCUCUUAGUUUGUGCCAGUUCCAGGUCCAUGGCAAGAAAAUCUAUCGGGCACCGCGACGUACCAGGGUUUACGACCAAAUGGAACAACUUUUUACCAAUCGGAAAUUCCACUUUUGCUCCCACCGAAAUUUCCAGGUUUUUUUCCUGAAUGGAAAGCGCUCUCUGACACGCUGUUCAUUUGGCCCCCCUGAUAAUGUUUUUUUAUUGUUUGCAAUUUGGUAGAGCUGUCUGUGCUGAAAUGGAUGGUGAAGGCAGUGACACACAGGCUAGUCCAGAGGUGACCCCUGCAAGUAGUGAAAAUGACCUACUUGCUAAUAAGUCAGAGGACAGUUUGGAAGAAGAAGAGGAGGAAGAUGAUGAUGACAUUGAUAAGAUGUUGAAUGAAUUAGCAACUUUCCAGGAAGUAAGUCUCUUCGGUUUUUUUGUCUAAUUCGAAACUUACCAUAUUUCCUCGAAUAAUAGCCGGGGGCAAUUAUAUCUUUUCUCGCACCAAAAGGGGGCGAUUCUUUGAGGGAGGCGAUUAUUUCCAAUAUUGUUCAGUGGGAGUCAUGCCCUAAAUGUUUUGUUCUAUUUUGCCAUUAAAUCAAAAAAAUAAUCACAUCAAAGAAACUGAACAGGGGCUUUUUGGUGUUCCAAAUUUGGUUCCUUUAUUAAUUUUCAUUGUCAAUAUCCUUGGCGGCGUCACUGAUCAGUGGGUUACCUAUAGUGGUGGGAGGGGGGUGAUUAUUGGAGGGAGACGAUUAAUCGAGGAACAGCUAUUAUUCGAGGAAAUAUGGUAACUAAACUUGCACCCAGCAGGUGGUGGGGUCCAAAGGGAAGGGUUGGGCAUGGAGCCAGCAACAUUGAGGCCCUCUUGGUGGUGGGGGGGAGGGAGCGUUACUCGUAAUUUCCUAAUCUGCAUUUCAAAACCCAUCCUUUUACAUAUUGAAUGACAGAAUGAAUGAAUGACUUAUUUAUUGACACCCUUUGCAGCUUAGAGCUGAAUUGCAGGUACAGGUCAAUUACAUAAACAAUACAUAAUUAGGACACUAAACAGCGGCAUAUUUUACAAAAUUUGUGAAACAAUCAGACGGUAUAUAUUAGAUGGAAGGUUGGUGAACGAUCUAUUUGAACAUGUACAGUUAGCUGAAGAUGAGGGAACAAUGCUACUGGGAAAAUUAUUAAAGGGAGAUUGGGUUGUCAAGACUACUGUAGCUCAUUAUUUUUACAAAAUUGACAUAAGCGUCUUCACUACAUUGCUUUAAGUGCGUGAUCCCUGCCUUAGCCUGUGCAUUUUCAUAUGAAGUAAAGGGAUAGAUAAUGGAGAGGGUGCACUUCUGUAUUUUCCCCAUGUCAUUGGCGAGAUAAUUGGACAGUUUAGCAAAUCAUUCAGUAUAUUCAUAUAUUGAGAAGGAUGCUAUAUUACUGAUGUUUUACUAUUGCAUUUGUCACUAUCUUCAUCAUGUCUCAGUUUCAAAUGAUCUUUAUGCCAUUUGUCACCAUUUCAUCUGUCAUAUGUCAACAACAACAGUAACAACAAAACUGUAUUUCAAGAAUUUAACUUAGGUAAUUACACUGACCCACAGGUACCAACUGUAAUCUAGGCAGGACAGACGAAAAACUUAGGGUUAACUACUUAAAAAUAACGAAAUGACAACUCAAGUUGAGAGAAAAUCAGUUAAAACUUUGAAGACUUAAUUAACUAUUAUUUUAGCCAGUCCAACUUUUUGUAUACGUAAUGGUAAAAGGACUGAGUGGAGUCCAAUUCGGUCUGUAAUCAUUGAGUGAUUAACAAAAUUGGACAACCACGAAGCAGAAGUUCAAUUUGUUUAAACAUGAGAAAUUCCAAGAUCUUUUUUGCCAGCAGGGAAAAAAAGCCAUUUAAGCGUGCGCAUGAUGGUGCAUACUGUCCAAUUACUUAGUCAUGUUGCAUACUGUCCUUUUAAAGGUUCAUUCUCAGCUUAUUUUCUUUAAUCCAUAGGAACUUGAGCAGAAAUCUCAAAUUCCACCGGAGAUAGAAAGCCCAGAUGUGUUGACGUAUGUUCCACCCUCGCAGCCACUGGUAAGUUAGCAGCUCCCUUUUACUGCGAAGCCGCCAGGCUUUGCAGACUAAUUCAGGUCAUGUACUUGACCUGCCUGGGUUGCCUGUGCCAGAAGCCAGCCUCAUUUGAGAUCUUCGGAUAUAAAUAUGUUUGUAUAUAAUUAUGUAUAUCACCUUUUUUGCCUCGAUUUCAUGGCCUUCGAAUCCAGGCCCUUUUGGUCGCUGCCAAUCGAUUCAGAAUUACACUCCGAAGGGAAAAGUAAAUUCUGUAUCCUCUAGGACACUUGACUGUUGAUAAAGUGGGCUGUGGAAAACUAAAGGCGGAGUUAUCCUGUUUUGUGUAGAAAGCCAUGUUUUUGCAGGCGAAGAGUAUGAAUGCAAGUGAAGGUAAAAAAUUCUCGUGAAUUGAGGCGAUACGUUUCUCAGAAUAUUCAAAGCAAUUGCUGGAACUCUACGGUAAAUAAAUUUGGUGUUUUGGCCAAAUUUGUAUUUAGCCAGGAUUUGUUGUAUUUACAUGUAUUUAAGCUUAAAUUGCUUUAGUUAUUAAGGUAUCAGCCACCCUUAAAAUUGCCAUUUUUCCAUAUUUGAGGUUUCAACGUUUUCAAAUAGAUAUUUAAGCAAAAAAAAAAAAAAUCAGAAGAAAAUAUUAUUUCUGUCGAAAUUAAAAGAUUUUUUUCUAGUUAUUUAAUUGAUUUUUGACAAGAUCUGUCAUACCCGUGUCAUAUCUUUAACUUGGUGUGAACUAGUAACGUGAUUCAUUGGACACAACACGUUUGUUUCUUUAUAGCCCUCCGUGGAUAUUUAGCGUUUGCUUCGGUGAAAAUGCUGCCAAGAAAAAGAAAAGGUUUGUCCGUUUUCAUCGAAAACCAAGAGCGAAAAAAAAAUCGAAUGGGCUGCAAAAUUAUAUCAGUAAGAGAAGUGGCUUGAGGAGUUGGAUAUUCAGAAAAGCGAAAAUGCUGCAGUAAAAAAAGCCAAUUAAGCCAUCGACCCCAUCUGCUGAUGGAACGUGGAAAACAAUAAGAUGAAGAAAAGCUGCAAAACUGGACGAGUCUGUAUCUUGUCGAUUUUGCAACAUGGAAAAUGUAGCGACUAAGCAUGGUUCUACCUGGAGAAAACAAAAAAGCUAACUGGUUCAGUUUUAAUUCUUCUGAGAAGAGCAGUUUUAAACCGGACCUUAAGUGUUUUGUUAAAUUUCCAGACUUUCACUUCAACGUAAAACUUUCAACAGCAACAAAAGAAUACGCUUAAGAGGGGAUCCCUCUCUGAAUCAAAACAGUACGACUCGGUACUUAUGAGAACACAAAUUUAAUUCUCAAAACCACUGAAUGAAUGAUUUAAAAAGUACUUUCCUUAUAUUAUCUGCAUCUUCCUCCACUAGCUGCUGUUUCUCUUCUAGGAUAACUUUGAAAAUCGUUGCUUUUUAGCUUGAGGCUUCAUGUUUGUGUUGUUGUGAAUGUUGUUGUGUUCAUUCACGAAAAAGAAAACUGGCAGUGUUUUUCCCACCUUCUGUCACGCCACUUUCCACCAUGCUCUGAUCGCGUGCUGUAAUGUAUCCCAAGCAGGGUACAUUGCUUGAUGUAUCACGAUCGGAAUACAUUUGAUUUUAGUCAAGGCCACGUGACCAAGAAUCAGCCAGUGGCUGUCCCUGUUUAGUUGAGUGAAAGUCUAGGAAUAUAACAAAACGUUUUAUACACAGCUGAAGCAAAGAUUGAAAAUGGCUUGAUAUGCUUGCAAAGCGUAAUGAACCAGUUAAUAUUGAACUCCAUUGCAAAUUCACUUGUUCUUUCACACCAUUGCUCAUGUGCUCUAAACCUUAUCGUGGACAGGUUUGAGGCAAAUAAUGCGAUGAUUUAUUCUCACGGAUUUUUAUACAAACAAUUCAGUGUAUUGUUUUAUUCUGGUAUUCGUUAGAAGAUUUGAAAAUUAUAGUAUUCUAAUGAGGCCUUAAACUGCUGUUUUUCUUAUAAAUAGAAAUGGAAUCCAAGCUUUCGCCAAUCAAUGGCGUGAUGAUGAUAAUGAUGCCGUUGUUUGGGCAGCGUGCAAAGAAAGUACUGUCCGAUAGGGGGCUAGUUGAAAUGACGUCUGGGCUAGUAAAUGCUAGCUUCAGCUUGCCCGAAUGGGAAGCUGUAAAAAUGAUUUUCUUUACACCCUGUUGGGGAAAGCUUUGAUUCCAUUUUUGUUUUUUUUAGAAUUAAAAUUUUAUUUGAAUCAUGCUCCUGAAGGACAACAUAUCCAGUCUACUCGUUAUGAAAGAUAAACAGUAGUUAUAAGAGAUCCUCAUACUUCUUCUUUCUUUAGGAUCAAUUCACAACUGAUACAUGUAUCUUACAAGCAGUUUCUCUUUUGCCUUGAGUAGGAUCAGUUCAGAUUCUCCAUAAUGAAGUACCUACCUAUCCAAUAUGGGUGAGUAAAAUAGGAGGAUUUAUAGUACACCAAUGAAAGUAAAGGCAACAAAAUUAAAGACUUUGACAUUUGAAUUAUUAACAAACAAACAGAAUGUAUAUAAUAUUAUAAUUAUAAUACCUGAAUAAAUUUUUAGUUUUUCAACAAAAAAUACAGAAUGUAUAAUAUAAUUAUAAUAAUAAUACCUGAAUAAAUUCAACAAAAAAUAUGUACAUAUAAAGUUUCACUUAUCCUAGGAGCCAGUGCUUAAUAUAAUGCAUAAAAUAUGCAGAGCAAAAUACAAGUACAAAGGAUGAAAAUUUUAAUCUUUUUGGAGUAGAGCUUUUAGUCUGAUGAUCGCUUAGUGCGUGAAACUCCGAGUUACAACUUAAUUUUCAUCCUUUGCACUUGUAUAAUACCUGAAUAUGUAGUACAACAGUUUUAUUUAGCCAAUCCUUCCAAUAAGCACUACCUUUCAAGUUUUUUGUUGUUUAAUUCAGUGGAACCUCAAUAUACAUGUAACAAACCUCUAUAAAUAAUAAAUUGUAAUGAAAUCCUUGGUAUGACGAACAAUAUUUUUCAUCCCAAAAUAACUCCAAAGAAAAGGUUCUUAUGGGAGCCCAAGGAAAUAAAUUUCAAAUUUCACAGGAAUUGUUAAAAAAAGGUAAAAUCGUCAUGCAUAAGAUUUCAUUUUGUGAAAUUUGAAGCUUUCAAAUUUUUUUUUUUAAGCUUUUUUUUAAGCUUUUUUUUUUCGAAGUUUGUUUUCUUGGGCUCCCAUAGGAACCUUUUGUUUUGAGUUAUUUUUUAUAACUUAUUACAUUUAGAAGAUUCUGCCAACUUUGUAGUUAUUUAUCUAAGUUUACAAAAUUUGUCUAAGCUUUAAAGAAAUCUUUUGACAGAUGAUUUUUAAAAACUUUUAGUUGUUUGUCAAGUGUUCUAAACUUUAUUCUCCAAAAUUGAUUAAACAGAACCUGAUGACAUUCCUGAAAUAAAUAAUCCUUGAUAAAAGAGAGAAAAAGUUUUGAUUGGCAUUGCAAAAUAAUGGUUUUGACACACUUUUAGUGCAACGAUGGUCAAUUUUGUUGUGGUUUUUAAACAAUCUAGAAUUUGGUGAGGUUAAGAUUUUCCUGAUAUUUCAGUCAAGUCUGCCAAUUUUUUUUUGCCGCCUAGGGUGAUUUAACACAUACAGGCUAAUCAUUCUUGAUAACCUUUGUCAGGGCACCUUUAAACAGAGAUUCGUGAAAAAAAUGUAUCACUGAUAUUAUAGUAAUUAACUGACAAUAAAAUUCCAGAAUGCAGACAAGUCCAGUUAUGUCUUGCUUCAUUGCAUACGUUCAGACAUUCAGGAAGAGAAAAUUUAAAAAUGACUUUGGUUUACCAAUUAAUAUGUGGGUAAAAUAUACUUUGAACAAAAUGUGAACCCUUUUUCGUUUUACUGGAUAUUUGCUCUAUAUAGGUUUUGUGCAUGCAUCUCAGUUUUGACAGUUUUGUUUAGUGAAAGUGAAUUCCAUGUUAAGCUUUGUUUAACAUACAUGUACAAAGAUAACAUAAUUGAUCAGCUUCCAGGUUCUGUUUCAUAUAAGAAAUCAACUGAUAAGAUUGGGGGUAUCAUGAAACACACGUUUAGUUGACAUUUUGUGACACCAACUCGUUCUGAAUGCAGGCAGCUGUUGCUCGUUAAAUGCAAUAUGCAUUACCAAAAAAUAUGUUUUUCUUUUCCCGUUUUUUCUUUUCUUUUGAUUUUUCCUUUUUGGGCAGUUGUCACUUUCUACGGUUUUCAUGUUUUUCUUUAUUUGGUUUGUAUUUUGUGAAGUUAUUAAAAUACAAGAUAUCAGCUCUGCCUAGGUUUUAGUUACUCACACAGUUGAUAGGGUUAAAAAGUUUGCUUUCUCAGUUUGACCUCAUGAUCAGUCCCUGUAAAUUGGUUAUAAUAACAUAUAGAGAUGCAAAGCAGGCCAUCUGUAUAGGGACUGGUGUAUUUGAAGGCAGCCUGACCAGUCGGUACAGGCUGAUUUAGAAAUUUGUCUACUUUGUCUUAAUCUCAAUUUCUUUGUCUCAAAUACAAUGUAUGUACAGCUUUGUUCUUUUAAUACAGUGGAACCUUGAUUUAUCAUUAUACUUCUCAGUAUAAUGAGUGAUUGUAUUUGCCCCAGUAAUAGUGAAAUAUAUGGAAAAGAACAUUGAUAUUAUGAAACCUUGUUGUAGCGAAAAUAUUUUGCCAGUCCCUUGGCCACUGGUUAUGUUGGCAUUUCACUGUAUUGAUGUCUUAACCCUUUAAGCCCCAAUAAUUUUCUCUUGGCAACAUAUGGAUAUUGUUAGGAGAAAAUUGAUGUUGGUCACUAUCGGGACUUAAAGGGUUAAACUGCUGCCCACGUGAACUUAAGGAUGCUCGUGAUACCUGUUUCCUUCGGAAUAAAGCCAUUGAAGCUAUUGGCUGGCUUCUAGCAUGUCUCGUGACUUUAUAAUGUGCAUCAUUUUGAAUUAUUGUUAUUCUAUACUAAUUAGUAGGCAGUUCAGAAGCUCCGUGUACACUAUGCGGGUCACUAUAUUUUCUUCAGAAAUGUCUGGAAAGGAAAGUCUGGGCUGGAUAUUUUGCUCAAGGGGAAGGGGUAGGAGAAGGGGGGUGCUACUGGAAAAUGUGAGAGGGGGAGAAUCACAUGCAUGCUAAAACCCAUAUUCCAUAUUGCCAUAUUCCAGACCAGAACCUGACUGUUCUGUAGAGCCUGCAUACAUACCUACACCUACCAACACAUACCUACACAGGGUUUUGGCUCCUGACCUACAUUAAUGGCUUAUUUAACAAAGUGCCCCCACCCCUCCCCGGGUACAUUUGACACUAUAAUCUGUGAAAAGCACAUGUUAUCUUAUCUUUUAAAUCAGAAAAUAGGUAAAGAGUUUUGGAAAAAAUUAAUUAUCAAGACCUAUUUGUCAGCAGAAAUCAUCAUAUACAUGUAAUAUUCGCUUCAAUUUUUUUUUUUGUUAUUCCUGGAUAAAAGUUAUUCAUAUAAAUUGCAUUAUCGCCUAUAUCAACAACAAUAAAACAAUUUCCAAAAUAAUUCUCUUGUUUGAUUGUGUGACGCGAUAAUCCUAUUAAAGAAUUUCACAGCAUGAGGAUUACAUCACUGCAAAUCCUGCUGGUGAUGUUAAACAUUACUUGAAAUUUAAUCUUUUAAUUAACUAUUGUUAUCCUAGCGGCUGGGAAGCUGGCAGAUGAAGUAAAAAUAAAACAUAGUACAUGCCAUUUACAACGCAGUUCUGUUCUGAAACUGUCUGUCUCUCCAAUUAUUGUUGCUAGAGGAUUGAAAAUACAUUUUCUGGGAUCUUAAAAAGCAGAUUAUUGCAAACAGGAAAGUGGAGAUAAUUCUGCAUGCUCAUUUUCAGACAGGAUGUGAUCUUUGUGCAUUGUCAACUGAUAUUCUGAAAUAUUAUCCUUGUUGUUGUUUAUUUUGCUAAGCCAUGCUUCUGAUAUGUUAAAGCAUUCAAUGGACUUGAACUGAGACCAAGAUAGGCUUUUUCAUGCUUAGGAAAACUGUUUAAAAUUUCCUUUCAUUUUCUGGUUCCAUUUCAACAAGGUAGUUGUCCUCGACGUAGGUGUUAACAAACAUCUUUAUUCUUGUUGAUAUCAGCCGUGAUCUUAAAAUGAAAUUGCAUGAUGAAAUAAGUUUGCCUCUAUAACACUCUGUUUGUAAUUAAUAAGUGUCACUGUGGAGUACUGAUAUGAAAAUAUCUGAAUUUAUGAACAGGAACUGGAGAGGUCGACCUUGAUGCUUUGUUAGAGGAUCUAUGUAUUAUGGAAAAAGACAUGAAUUCUGGCAGUGAAACAGAGUCCGUACUUUCACCCAGCCCUGGAGGAAAUUCACCCAUCUCACCGACAGUGAAGGUACAGAACUUUAAUCUAGAACGUACACAGACUUCCAGAAAGCAUAGGUGACCUCUACGUUUGUGAAAUGAAAUUUAGAACACAGUGACGGAAUAUCUUUUCUAUAAAUAUGAUUGUGAUUUAGUUUUUACGUUCUAAACACUUCAUUAUAAUAAGCUUACAAUAAUUGAACAAAUCCUCUGGCCCCCCAGUGGUUGACCAAAAUUGAAGAAAAUCAAUGUCUGAUCAUCAUUACAGUGCAGAUGGCAUUGGCUAAAAGUGUGUGAGAUGGAAUUUAGAACACAAUGCCAGAAUAGAUGUUUAUAAAUUAUUAUAUGUUUUACUUUCCUAACACCUCACUGUAAGCUUACAAUAAUUGAAUCUGUCAGCUUUGUAAGAAUUUUUAGUAAGAUGAUUCCGUGAAUAUUGACGGUUUUGUAUUCUCAGAAAAUGUUCAAAAAAAAAAAGGUUUUACAACUGUUUCCCGUUAGUCUGGUGCAAAGUUAAGAUCUUUAUCAUGAGCACCAAAAACUGAAGGAAGAGAUUCUUUCAAUUCCAGCAUGCAACGGUAUUUACAAGAGUCAUGUUUACUUAAUAAGAGAAGAAAAUAGUUUUGCCGAUUUUCUAUACAUGUGUCAGUUUGAAUUUUAUAUAUAGAGGAUAUUACACGGUGGCGCGAAGAUAUGAAUUUUAUUUUCGAGUGGCAAAACAAUAAUUAUUUUACGAACGAGCGCAGCGAGUGAGUAAAAUAUUGUUUUUGCCACGAGAAAAUAAAAUUCAUAUCUUCAAGCCGCCGUGUAAUGUUCUUUUUAUUAUACAGACAAAAAGACGUCGAUAAAAUGAUAGAUUUUUAUUCGCCAAAAAGUACUCGUGACGGCUCAAAUUUACAGUGCAGCAAUAUAAGACACAUUACAUUGGUUACAAUAAUCUUGAGAAAUAACACUGAACUGAAUAGGGCUCUACAAUGACAAAAUAUAAGCAAAACUUUGAAAAAUGUGUAAGUAAAAUUCAAAAGACGCAAGACGCCUACAAAUUUCGAAGGGAAAUUACCGAAAUUACGAUAAACUCACGUGUGAGAUUAUGGAAAAUAAACCACUCGGGUUCCGGAUACAGCUUUUAUGAAUUUUACGAGUGGUAUAUUUUCCAGUAAAACACUCGUGUCUAUAUAAUAAAUUUAUUUAUUUUUCGCAAAAAUAAUUCCAACAUUUUCAGAUUAAUAAUUAUUUUGCCCAACAAGGAUUUUAUAUACCCUCCAUUACAUCUGGUUUCUUAUUUUCUUUAUUUUCUUACUUUUAAAACAAUAAAAAUUAAUUUAUAAAAUUAGGGGAUGAUCAUUAACGAAAUUAGGGUAGCCAAUGAAAUACUAUUAUGGUCAGGGAAAAUGAUUUGAAAUCUGUUUAAGGGCUCUGCCCGAUGUCUUGCGCCCUCUGUACCACAUGAUUGGUUUGCGUUGUAGACCAACUCAUUUUCCUCAUAUGUGCUCGUUUUAAUUGUAAACGUUGUUGUCAACUUCUUUAAUUAACGUCAACUGCCGCUUAUAAGCCCUGGGCUUAUAUGUCUUCGUAAAAGGGUUUAGGAGGGCUUAUAAACUGAGGGGCUUAUAUUCAAGGGGGCUUAUGACAGGACUAGAAAAAAACGAUUCAAAACAAGCGACAUACAUGUAUAGCAUUGCUGAUCAAAAUACGUUUUGCUUGGGCUUAUAACUGGGAGAGCUUACCUGUGGCAGUUUACAGCUCUUGCAAGUAGAACCACUUUUUUUUUUCAACUGCGGUCUGCUGCCCGUGUACCACUUAUAAUCUCAUUUAUUUAACGGUCAUGGACAACUUUCAGAACUAACUGGAAGGGGAUGGAUCUUUCAAACCACACCCAGUCCAGCGCGGCUCAGUCAAAGGGUCCAAAGAACAACGCAAAAAUCAUGAAGCUUUGACCAGAAGUAAUUUGUAGAGUAGUUCCUGUUCCACUUCGUACCUGAACUUCCUUAGCAAAAAUUAGUAUCACAUUUUUAUUUUAUCUUUAUACUUACAGCAUGUCCUAAUCGAGCACUUUCCCUGCCAAGCAAGUGUUUACGCACGAACUUUCGCGCACUAAUUCGAGCGGAAACGCUUGUUUCACAUGUACAUGUAUCAUGCCAAGACCCAUUAUGGCUCUUGAUGGUGCACUAUCCAUUUGACCGUGCCUUGUGUCACAUUCUACCCACAUUACACAAAGCCUACCCCACUGUCACCCAUUCAGUGUUGGAUAACGACUAGACUGCGAGCAGUCUCUCCUUUUCUUCAGAUUUAGCGAGGGGAGUGUGCGCGCGCGAGCGUCGAGCGACUAAACCACAAGUCACUCGCGUGGUCAUUUUCGCGUCUGGCGCGUUUUCGUCGGCGGACUAAGAAAACAGAGAGACUGUUUAAUUGCAGUAUAGAUUACUACCUGCCCUGCUAUGCUGGGCAGCAAAUCUUGGAGUCUUUUACUUCUGCAUUCUGUUGUAAGGUGAUAGUUAUUAUGCAGUAUAUACGAACAUAUAUAUUUCUUUUGGACCCUAGGUGUCAAAAGAUGUUCUCAGUCGACUGGAAAGUGUUCAAGAGGAAACACGAGAAUUGACUCUAGUGAGUAUCGCAGUUUAUGCGGAGUUUAUUGCCUGCGGAAUAAGUACAAUGGAUCCCCACUCUACGGACGCCUUCUUAAUAUGGACAGCCUUAUGUAACGGACAGUUUCGUUUGUCCCAACCAAAGCUCAUAUCUUUUCUUGAUUAAUUUUAGAAUAUUUAUAAUUAUAGUUAAUAAACAAUUAUUGGAUGAAGUUGAGCAUGAUAUCAUGAAUUAUCAAAACCGAGGUCUGUGAUAAUACAGACACGAGGAUAGAUAUUUUUUCGUAUGAAUGUUCAUCAUAAACCUUUAUAGUUGCCGGAAGUGCUAAUAUUUGAUGAAGAACUUCAUUUAAAUUUUAUUUCACUGAUUCCAUCGCAGGAGGAACAACAGGAGCGAAUCAAAGCGGAAAAGAUACGAAUUGCGUUGGAAAAGCUCCGAGCUGCCAGGGUUAAAAAGUUGGUUGUUAAAGUGUAUAACGAUGAUGAUCCGACGUCUAAAACUGUGGCUAUUGAUCAAACAUGGACGGCCUGGGAAGUGUGCAAGAAGAUGAUGCGUAAAAAUGAUUCCGAGCCAGAUCCUAAUUGGGUUUUGAUUGAAAGAAUUCCUCAGCUCAGUAUAGGUUGGUGCUUGUGAUUGUAGAACCUCUCUGUUCCGCCGAGGCUCCCGCUGAGAUUCCAAGAAAAAACAUUUUAACCCUUUCACUGCCAAAUUUAGCCAAAAGCAAAUUUCGACCAAAUUUCCAAAUUUCAUUUCGUGAAAUUUUGAAAAACAAAUAGCACGAUGUGUAAGUGCAGGCAGAGAGCUUUCAUUUCACGUGUUGGGGUUGUGUAACUUGUUUGCCACCCUUACUGCAAAACAAGUUGAAAGGCGAUGUUGCGAGUUUUCGCACCCACGUUUAAACCUGCCUGCAACAAAUCAGAUUGUUGCAAGUUGCGUGAAUACUAACCUUGUUUCCUUAAAAUUUCGCGGGAGUUAUGCCAUACACGUGAUUUACGUCACUUGCUGCAAAACAAGUUUGCCUUGGGCCGGUAAAACACGCAACAUGGACAGGUUUUGUUGCAAAUAUUAGAACUUCUUCCUCCCCUCUACAGCAACUUUUCGCAACCUGCAACAGGCUGAUUUGUUGCGUGACAAGUUUGAUUCGUGGGUGGUAAAACACGCGAGAGGAAAUCGCUAUUCAACUCGUUUUGCAGCAAUGUUGAAAAACAAGUUGCACGUUUUUGUUGUCCGUUUUCCCGUACCUUGACUUCCACGUUAAUUUUAUUGGUAUUUUGAUCCUUAGAACGUCUUCUGGAGGAUCAUGAGUCAGUAGUGGAUGUUGUUUCCAGCUGGCCAUGGGAUUCACAAAACAAGCUAAUACUUAAUAACAGAAGAGAAAAGUACGCCGUGUUCAGAAAUCCACAGGUCUGUAUUCUCGUCAGGGGGGGGGGGGAAGACGUAGCUUUAAAAAAAGUCCGUAUAAUCAGAACAACGCCUUUGUAUUUAGAGCGGUUUUCACUUGACUGUCGAAAGGGGUUGGUUUUGGUUUUGGUUUUGGUUUUACUACGUUCUUUGGUUGGCUAGUGUAUUUACUUUGGUUUUGGUUUUACGACAGUCAAGUGAAAACCGCUCUAUUGAACACACUUAACCGUCUAAGCCCCAACAUCAACAUGCAGCUUCUCCGCACUGUUCUUCAUACAUUCCUUGUGGUACUGCUUGAGAGAAUUUGUUCUAACAUCACAAGAUUUCAUCUUUGGUGAUCAUUUCAUUAAUUCUCAUGACCUGUCUGUUUGAUCAGGCAGUGUUGUUUUUGAGAGAAAUUGGAUGUAGGUCACUGUUGGUGGCUUAAAGGGUUAACCCGUGAAGCCGGUCCCUGCGAGCAGAGUCUUCUUUUGUUUUCUUUCGAUGGAGGAGGAGAUAAGAAUGUUCUGCCUGAAUCACGUCAAGCCUUUGAAAUCGCCGGAGCCCAUACUUCUGGACUAGUCAAUAUUGUUUUCUCUGGUUGGUUUUUCGAGCGCCAGCGCCUGUUUAUUGAUAGAGCGAUGGUCAUAACUAGACCCACUAUACCAAGCGCGCAUGGCUAUUAGGCCUGUGAUCGAAACUGUAUCCAAGCAACAUGCAGCGCGCAACAAAGAUCUUGAUUCAUGCAGAGUCUUUCUCGAGUAUACCAAAAUCGACCGAGUUGAAGAAAGUCUCCUCUUUCAGGUUGCUGGUUAAUGUUCGGCUGAAAGUCAUUUCCGUUAAACGAGCCUGCCUGGCCCAUAUAAUCGGUGCAACAUUUACAUGUAGCCCUUUUUUAAUUUUGGUUAUGCUAUUCUGGAAGCUUAUGUCGAUUCUUUGUUCCCUUGCAGAAUUUUCUCUUGAGUAGUGAUACAUCAAUUGGUGCAGCACAAUUAGCAGAGAAAAGUAAAGACAUCUUGCUACAGGUACAUUGUAAUUAUUUUUCAGCCAAAAUAUUGGCAUGAGCUGGGCUCAAAACAAAAACGAGGCAGAGAGAGAGAAAAUCUGUGCAAAUUUCUCUGAAGAACAGUGCACUCAAAACCACGCACCAUACCUUUCGGGAUUGUCGCGUACACUUUUUCCGACAACCUUUUCCGAAAUAGCUGUAUAUAGUGAGGUUAUCCUGGAAAAGUCAUCAUACAAAAAUCAUAGAAAAUAAUCAGAAAAAUUUACAGGAAAAAAAAACUCCAUCUGUAUCGUCAAAGGGACGUAGCCUCAGUUGUAAAGUUAAACUUUUGUUUUACGUCUUGUAUCUCUUGUCUUUGGUAUAGGAGUGCUUUCAAAAAGAUUCCACGAGGCUGCCUGAACUGGAUGGGUCAUUAUAUCUUAAGGAAGGGAAAAAGUCGUGGAAAAAGCAUUAUUUUGUGCUGAGAGCUUCUGGCAUCUAUUACACACCUAAAGGAAAAACCAAGGUAAUUGGCAAGAGCAAAGCGCACCCAUGACGCUUACAGUGUCUUAUAGAGUUCGCUCGAGGCUUUAACCCUUUAAAUCCUAAGAUCAAAAUUUGAAUUCUCAUUUUUUGCCCCUAUUCAUUUCCUAGAGAAGUAGUGGGGAGAAGUGGAUAAAAUAUCAAGCAAAUUCAUCUUGUGUGAUCAUGUCCUUAAUCCUCAUGACGACUCUGUUUUACCAAGCAUUGAUAUUACAAGGAGAAAGUUGACGCUGAUCCCUCUUAGGGCUUAAACGGUUCAUGUAAUAGACCUUUAGAUUCUAAGACGAGGACGACUACGAGGACGAGAUUUUCUCUAUACUUGGUACUGCGCGCGCGUGAGACAGCGUCAUUUUGGCGGGAAACGUGGUAGCCGUCGUCAUUAGUAAUUUUACUACACGAGAAUCAGUGAGAAUGUCGCCGUGGCGGAAAUAAGUUCUAAUAAAUUAUGGUAGAAGUUUAAUCAUUUUGCGAUAGGGAGAUCGCUGAACCUCCUUCAAAAUCAUGUUGGUGUUCCAAACAAAUUCUGUGGGAUGUGAACUAUUUUUUUUUAUGUAAACGCUUUCUUUUGUUCCAAAAGAAUUUGCGUAUAUGCUGUCCAAACAAGAUUUGCAACUGGCUGGGAGAACAAUAGGGAUGGUGACAUAACAAUGCCCUUAUCCCUGAAAAUAUUAGGUAUUGCAGGUUAGAGCGGUUUUCACUUGACUGUCGAAAGGGAUUGGUUUUGGUUUUGGUUUUGGUUUUACUACGCCCUUUGGUUGGCUAGUGUAUUUACUUUGGUUUUGGUUUUACGACAGUCAAGUGAAAACAGCUCUAUAGGGACCAGUGAAAUAAGAGGUUUGGAUGGGUGCAGGUCAAUCGGCCCAUGUGAGUGUAAACGCCCUAUUGUUAUCAGCCACAUUUUGGUAAUGAAGUACUUCUCUUUCCUCUCCGUAGUCUUCACGAGAUAUUGUUUGUUUGAUGAAGUUUGAACAUGUAUCCAUUUACAAUGGCGUUGGAUUCAAGAAGAAGCUUAAAGCUCCAACAGAUCACUGCUUUGUAUUGAAGGUACAUGAUUCUUGUAUACUGAGAUGCACGAAAGCACAACAAAUUAUUUAUAUCUAGCAUAAAUUGAACAGUCUUCGACUUGUUAUUCUAUAAAACCCUUCAGUUAGUUUUAUCUGUCGCGUUUUGCGAUUCACUGAACUGCUGUUUGUGCAUCAGUAUUGUAAGUAGUAGUAAUCCAUCUUUUUACAUCUACUUUAACACUCAGCAAGGUUACUUUAACACUCAGUAAGGUUACUAGGCUUACUGAAAAAAAUGAUAUAAAUAAUUCAAAUAAACGAAAACAAAACAAGUUUAUAGAAUCCCAGCUAGUGGGCGAAAGUUAAAGCAUUCACAAAUCAAGAUCGAAAUCGGUCGUCAGUAGCCUUUUCACUUGAUAUGGGAUCUUCGCGCUCUUCUUUAUGAGAUUGACAAUUGUGUUAGCAACCUCGUUCGAAUGUAAAUAUCAGUAUGAAGAGACCCAUAUUUUGAACUGCGGAUAAAGAUAUGAGAGUGGAUAUGAUCCUCGCAGUUGAAUAGACAAUCUAAGCGGUUGAAAAAGAACCUGAAAAAAAUUCAGACUUGACCAUGAAUCGAACCCUUACCUUUGCGAUGCAUGGAUGCAACGCUCUUUCUAUUAAUUAAGCUACUCAAGCCAACUGGAGAGCAGGCAAUUGUGAGUUCGUAAUGUUGAUACCCUAUGGUGUACCCUGAUUUUUCAGGUUCUUUUUCAGCCGCUUAGGUUGCUUAUUCAACCGCAAUGAUCAUUUCCACUUUCACAACGUCGUUUCCUCGAUCUGGCCGCGGUUGUUCAAAAGAUGGAUAGCGCUAUCCAGCGGAUAAGUAUUAAGGAAAUCAAUUACGCCAUCCAAUGGAUAGUGAUUUAUCCGAUGGAUAGCGUUACCCACCUUUUGAACAACUGGGUCCUGAACUCUUUCGACCGCGAUUGACCCUGGCUCCUUACUCCUCUAGCCGUAGAAGAUAGGAGCGCCUUUUAUGUGGCUGUCUACACACAGCCAAUAGGUACUUCAGAUCUAUUUUCUUUUCAAAGUCCGUCGAGCGCGCGUGAUAAAAAAUAAACCGAAAAGAAAUAUAUAACAACGUCUGUGUACAGGCUAGGUUUAUUUCGGAUUUAUGGUGUUUGGUGUCUAUGAAUUUGAAAAGAAAGAAGAGUACCCUUGGAGGUUUCAUUUACAGACUGCAAAACAGUCCGUAUUUUUGCGUAUUCAAGUACGCGCGAGCAGCCAAACAAAAGGUCUGGAACGAGGCUGAAAACAGACAGCGAGACUGCGGAGAGACACUAGAAAUACUCUUCUCGGCUCGCGCGCGUAAGACUCUUACGCCACACUUUACCGAUUACGCCGCGCUUUACCGAUUUCUUUACUUAUUUUUAGAAAGAAACCGACAGUUUUGCUUUCUAUGUAUCAAAAUGUCUAUUUUUCUCUUCAGCAUCCUCAGUUUCAUGACCUUGACUCCAAAGCGGUGCGAUGUUUUUGUGCAGAAGAUGUGAAAACAAUGCAGCGCUGGGUAGUAGGCAUUAGACUUGCCAAGGUAGGUAACUAAGUAACCUGGUUACGCUUUGGUUACUUUCAAAAUGAGUGGGCAAGACACAUUUUUACUUUUUACACUUUUUUUCAAUCUUACGAUGUUAAUAUUGUUGUGUUAUUUUACCAUGUUUCUUCAGUUUGGGUAUAAAAUGUUGCUGGAUUAUACUGACACACAAGAAGAGAUGGACAAACUCGCCUUCUCAUUGGACAGAGUCACUUUCACAAGGGCAUCGAGUUUCAGUGCAGGAGAAAAUGUGGAAUCCCCAACUAAUAAGACACAGGUUGGUUUGAAAUCUCAAAAGCUAUACGUUUUGAAGUCAGUUUUGACUCUUUCCUCUCAAAUGACAAAACAUGGCGUCAUCGGAUCGCUUCAUGUUGCAUAGACCGAUAUAAAUGAGUUACCAGAAAAGUUUGCAUGAAAUGAAAGCAAAUGAACACGAGCAGAGCAAACCAGCGAUGGACUUUUUUUCGCAAAGAAAUUUUUGUGAGAAGACUGCCUCUACUUUCAAUGUUUUAUCCUUUCCCGGGGAUUCUUUACACAGUUUUAAAAGCUAUUCAUUCGUUUAGAAACACCCGCUACGUAGACUAUUUUAUUUGAUACAAAUGUUUUGCUGUUGAAUUUUUGGCGUUACUCAAGUGCAUGCGGUUACCAAACCAUGAUCAUUCCAUAUAGUGAUUGCAGCACGGUGGGGGAAAUAUUUUGAGAAUGUGUUAGGAGGCCAAACACGGAAAAGUGACUUCACACUAAUUGUCUGAGAUAGUACCGCCAAAGGUUUUAGCCAAUCACAAAAAAGUACAGGGUACUGCAAGUCAAAAGUUCAAGACUUGUUCGAUCUGGCCUAGUGUUUUUUUAUUUUUUUUUUUUUUUUUUUUUUUUUUUUUUUUUUUCGACCUCGACUUCCUUCCGGGCCAUAAAAAUCCAGAAAAAUAAAUUAACCCAUAAAUGCCCAAUACCCAGCCAUCGAAACCGAACAACCUUGGUCAUUACAUGUGUCUCAUUUUAACCUCUUUGGCCACACCCACUGACCUCUGUUCCCCGGCCAUGGUGGCCAUCCUGGAUAGGUCAAUCUGAAAUGGAUUUACUCCUCAUGAUUGUAGGUAGAGCCGCCGAAAGACUAUCAGACACUGAAAGCCAAAUCUCAGUCUGAGAGAAUAAAGGACUCUGUUGGUUUAUCGUCUGUACACCCCAGCGGUAAGUGACCGUAAGCACCAAGGAAGUUCGCUUUAUUAUUUGUUGUCAUAUCGCUUUAAUUAGCAGUACUCCCACAAGGAUGUGUUGCAGGCCUCCAGUGACAGGGGUUCAGGAAAUUCAUUCAUGACUUAGUUUGAACUACAUACUUAAUUGUGAAAGUAGUGCCGAAGAGGUUUCAUUCAAAUAUAAUUGUCACGCAAUGUUUCAUUUGAAUGGUCACGCAAUAGGGUUUCAUCCACAGACUUAACUAUAACUAAACUGCAUAACAUGUAGAAAUUAAAAAGCGAGAGUACUUCUGAAGAGGUUUUAAUUGAAUGUGACACCAAAGGAUUUCACUGACAGACUCAAAAUUUAGACCUACGUACUAAAAUAAUUACAGCACCAUGUUAAAGUACUGCUGGAGAGGUUUCAUUUGAAUGGUCACGUAAGAAAUUUUGCCCACAUACUUGAACGUUAGAACCAUAUGCAGCAUUUGUGAAACCUUACAGACCUUACAAAAGUAUAUACUGGUGAAGUCAUCCCAUUUAUAAAGAUAACGCCAUAAAAGCUACCGAUCUUAGCUUAUAUUCAGUAAAGGAACUGUAAAUGUUCCAAAACGUUGGGAAUUUUUUUUUUGUGAGUUUGUGAAUGUGAAUGCGCUUGUGUUCUUACAGGUACCAUGAGCUUCUCAGUAAACAAAAGUAAAGUUCAAGCCAAGAAACCCUCCAAGAAAAUUGGCAAUCUGUUCUCUGAUGCUUGGAAGAAAGGCACCGUGAUCGAAAAAAUGGUAUGUUCCAUUGAUGUCAAUUUAUACAUGUAUGUUUUGAAAGAGACAACCCAACAUUGACAAAAAAGAACAUAUUUUGGUGCGGAUAAUCCAUUUUGCAUUACAUUGCAUUACCAAACAGCAUCUCUAACUGCGACAGGCGUAUUGAUGAAGAUAAGCAUUCGGGAUAAACACUCCUGGGCCGAGUUGUUCAAAGCUGGGUUAAGAUAACCCAGGGUUAGUGCGAGAUUUGAAUUCAGAUUUGAAAGCUUAAAAAGCUGUUCAGUCUUAAUUCUUUUGGUCUACAAAUUGACGAUUGGAAGCUCUAAAAGUAACGGAAACCCGGGUUAAAUGUAACCCCAGGUUAAGCGCUAAUCGGCCUUCGAACAACCGGCCCUGUUGUACAAAAACUGUAGAGCUACAGAUUUCUCCAGGCACUGUAAUUUUCGAUAGGAUCGCUGACGUACGGUCAAACCCCUAUUAAUCGACCCUCUGUUAAAGUGUUCACUCUCUAUUGCUGUCAAACUCCGAAAACUGUGAACACCUGAAAAAUUUCAGGAAUGUUAAUUGUGUACCGGCCAAAAGUUCAGGACACGCAAGCAAACUACAAAUCCACAAACUAAUCGGCCACUUCCGAGUUCCAAAAACCCUCACUUUCAAAAUGAGGCUAGGUGCACAACUAUUCUUGUGAAAAUGAGAUUUAUUUGCAUGAGAAUGAAAAAUGAUUUCCAUAUCAAAGGCUGAGCACCUACCCUCGUUUUGAAACAGAGGCCUCGGGGAACUCGGAAAUGGCCUAUUAUCGUUGUCGUUUGCGGUUUAGUUUUCUCGCAACACUCGCAAUUCCUCGCAACACAAUAACAUGCCAUAAAUAUUUCUGGUGUUUCACAGUAAGAAGUCACCUACGCAAAUACCAAUGAUUUUUUUUAUUUAUUUCCAGAGUACGGCUGGACCACCCAUUUCACCAGACCCGCCCUCAGUGCACAGCACAGGAGGUGAUACGCCCAACACACUAGACAACAGAACUUUCAACAUUGAGAACAUCGGUAUGCAGACUGUAGACGAAGAAAAAGAGGACGACAGCCCGACCACCGAACAGGUAGAACAGGUACAGUUUGAGUCACAAUCCACACUGGUGCUUGACCCACCUCCACCCCCUCGCAAGUCAUUCUCCAAGAAGCAACAAGAGGAGCCAACCCAACCGACUGAUAAAGUCAACGAGGAACAAGAAAAGGAACGGAAUGGUGAAAGGAGUAGCAGAAGUUCAUCGAAACGAUCCAGAAAGACCCGAGCGGAGUCACCCCCACCCCCACCACCCUCCCCUCCCACAGAUCGUGCACAAAAACCUCCACCCUCCUCUCCCUCAGAACCUGCACAAAAACCUCCACCCUCCACUCCCACAGAACCUGCACAAAAACCUCCGCCCUCUCCUCCCAAAGUACUUGCCCAACCGCCUCCGCCGCCGCCUCCUCCUCCUCCUCUUCCCCCUCCGUUACCUUCUCAUCGCAAACCGAGUGGCAAAGACAAUGCGGCAGUCAAUCAUGAACAAGAUAGCAGCACUUCUCCGCAAUCACCGGGUCCUUCAAAAAGCUCUUCAUCCACUCCCCCUCCCGUCCCUCCUAAAUCAGCAACGCCCAGAACCUCAUCUCAGCUGUCGGAUUCAGCUAAUGCGUUCCCGCGACCCACCUCACAAACGUCAGACCAUGAAGUGUUUGUCGACUCACUCUCAGCGCCUACGUCGCGGCUCUUGUCGACUUCUAUGGAGGAAAUGCCCCCGCCCCCUCCCUCAGGGGACUCUCAAGAGGAUGCAGAUGUCGAGCUUCCACCACCUCCCCCAGAGGUUUUACUUGAGGAAAAACAAAACGUUACCCUUGGCAACGGAAGAGACAGGAGUACCAGUGGAGGUAAAGCACCACCAGUGGUAAAACCAAAACCAGUCAGGCCACGAAAUGGGAGCACAGGAGUACCAGGUCAACCCAGAACUUCGUCCUCUUCGGGUAAUACGUAA